GAAAUUGUUUACUCUACUUAAACGCUUAAAACGAAUACCACUUAUCCAACUCAAAUUCAACAAUCUACAAAUUCAUAAAAUGGAUUUGAAAAUUCCAUUUCCAUUUCAAUUUAUUAAAUGGAAUGAAUUUGAAAUAGAUGUUAGGGAUUUAGAUACUUAAUGUUACCAGGCAUCUUUUUCAAAAAUACUGGCUAUCUUUUCCUGAAAUAUUGGAUAAACGUUUGUCCUAUUCUUUUUCUCUUUUAAAAAUACAUCUUAUAUUUUUGCAGAAAAUGUGGCUUUACAUUCAAAAAAAGAAAUUAUUAUUGAUAACAAUUUUUAAUAGAUUUACAGCAGAUUUUUUUAAAAUUGUCAUUUGUUAUGGGGUAAUGUUUCUAGAAGAGACGGAAAAACAAAUUUCAAUGCACCCAAUCUAUCAUUUGAAUUAUUUGGAGAAAAAUAUUUUUUACAAGGUUUAUCAAACAAAGAGUAACAAUUGGGUAGUUAUUGGGACAUGGUCUGAAAGUCAGAAGAGUGACUCAUUUGUUUUUACUGAAAAUUCAGUUUCUGGUAAGUAUACUGCUAAGGCAACAGGGAUCUAUUAUUUGUCUGCUAAUGUUAUUUUUAAAGACAGCAAUGGACCAAUUUAUAUUAUGAUAGCUGUCAAUAAUCAGUUAUCAAAACGAACUGCUUUAUAUGCAACAAAAGGAAAACUAUCAGUAGUUCAAGACAGUCUUAGUGUGUCUGGAGCCUUAUUUACUAAAAAAGAUUCUUAUGUUAAUGUUUAUGUUAUGAUUGAAAAUGAUAAUAGCUGGUCCAUAGAUAUCGAUUCAACUUUUUCAAUGGUGUUUCGUGGGUAUCAGACAAAUAUUUAUGGUGUAACAACAGUUCUCACAAAUAGUUUAACUUACACUACAUCUGGUUGGUUUGAGAUUGGAAAAUUGAAAUCUCAAAUUGCAGCAGGUCCAUUUUUUGAUUUUUGGGGAGGAUUUAAUCCAGACACUGUAGAGUAAGUAGCUAAAAAUGUACAUUUUUUUAAAUUUUGUUUUUAGAUUAAUUAUACUUGUAUCUUUAUUUCUUUUUCAGUUUUGUUGCUUUUAAGCAGGUUUUUACAUUGUGAGUGCUGGAA